AUGGUCGUUUCUUCAGAAGUUGUCAAUUGGCUUUGCUCAACAGUGAGGACGCUCCAAAAGAGAGUCGCCGAAUUGGAGCGAGCCAGAGAGACGCCGCGCGUGAUCUCAUUGUUUGGCGCAUUGGAAUUCAGAGUUGUGGCUCCGAGGUGUAUUAAAUAUGGAUCAGAGUUGCGGCAGGGCGUUUGUGUGCAGAAGAUAUAUGCUCCCCGAUAUUUUCGAUAUCUCGAUUCUACUUCCGAGGGUAGCUCAGCUGCUGUUUUUGACGAUAUGGAGGAGGAGGAGGAGGAGGCGGCAUUUGCUUCAUGUGGUCUCGCGCAUUCGGGCUAA